UUCUUUCCUCCAGUAAUGUCCAUCAAGGAUAGGCAACAACACGCAUGAAACUAAUUAAACGCGGUUUUGGUUUGUGCGAAAGCGAGAAAAAGGAGGAAAAUUCGUAAUUUUACCAGCCUCUCGUGCAAUAUCUUUCAAUCAGUUCGCCUUAGGAAGAUCAAAGAUGGAUCAGCAACAGCAAGCUCAUAUACUGCUCUUCCCGUUCCCUGCACUAGGCCACAUCAAACCCUUGCUGAGCCUAGCAGAGCUCCUAUGCCACGCUGGCCUCCACGUUACUUUCCUCAACACCGACCACAACCAUCGCUGCCUCACCCACCUACAGCCACUCUCUACUCACUUUCCCACCCUCCGCUUUGAGUCCAUCUCCGAUGGCCUGCCCACCGAUCACCCCCGCAAUGUACAGCUUGUUGGAGACUUAAUUUUCUCGGUCAAGUCCGUGACGAAGCCACGAUUCCGGGAUCUGCUGGCUGACUUAAGCACAAAGUCCGAGCAUCCGGUCACUUGUGUAAUAGCCGAUGGAAUUAUGUCUUUCGCAAUUGAUAUUGCAAAGGAAUUGGGCGUUCGCGCAAUGACUUUUUGGGCCUUCAGUCCUUGCGGCUUGUGGUCUUUUCUCUGCAUGCCGAAGCUGAUUGAGGAAGGCCAGCUUCCCGUUGGAGGUGAGGGAGAUGAUAUGGAUCAGAUGGUUAGAAGCGUGCCAGGUAUGGAGAGCAUUUUGCGACGCCGAGAUCUACCCGACAUUUGCAGACAACAAGUGGAUGACCCACUCUUUCAAUUCUUUGUCGAGGAGUUCAAGGCCAUAACUCGAACUUCGGCGCUCAUUCUCAACUCCUUUGACCAGCUUGAAGCUCUCACUCUCUCUCACAUCGACCCUCUCUUUUCUAGAAUUUACACAAUUGGACCUCUCACUGCUCUUCUAACCUCUCGUAUUGCACAUGACGUCUCGCGAUCUUUAUCGUCCUUCAAUAAUUUAUGCGAAGCAGACCGCAGUUGCAUGACGUGGCUGGAUUCACAACCGUUAAGAUCCGUUGUUUACGUUAGCUUUGGGAGCACAGGGAUGAUGACACGUGGUCAGUUGUUUGAGUUUUGGCACGGUUUGAUCAACAGUGGCAAGCCGUUUCUAUGGGUUGUGCGACAAGAUGGCAUUGCAGGUGUCGAAGGAGAGCACGCGAUCCCAGAGGAGCUACACGAGGGCACCAAGGACAGGGGCUUUUUAGUGGAUUGGGCUCCACAAGAAGAAGUCUUGGCCCAUCAGGCUGUGGGUGGGUUUUUGACCCACAAUGGCUGGAACUCCACCCUAGAGGGCAUUGUUGCUGGGGUCCCUAUGCUUUGUUGGCCCACAAUCGCGGACCAGCACAUUAACAGUAGGUGGGUUAGUGAGGUAUGGAGGAUUGGCCUCGACAUGAAGGACACGUGUGAUAGAUCGACGAUUGAGAUGAUGAUAAGAGCAAUGAUGGAGGAGAGAAGGGAGGAGAUCACCAAGUCAAUGGAUCGGAUUGCGAAAUUGGCUUACGAUUCUGCUAACCAGGGUGGAUCUUCCUACCACAACUUGGACAAGCUUAUUGAAGACAUAAAAAAAAAAGUAUAAUAUUGUAAACCUAAUUAAUUUGCUUAAGUUUUAAGGCAUGUACGCAAGUAAUGGUACUUGAUCUUAUAUGUUUUUGUGUUGUUGUUGUUGUAUUUAUGUUUUUGGCAUUUGAUAACUUGAGGAAUCAAUUGCAUGUAAUAAUAAGAUCGAUAUGAUUUUUUU